AAUUUGAGACAGACUGUUGAGGAUGUGUGAGCUACAAGCCACACUUGAGUUCUCCCUAGAAUUCAACAAGUUCUUCAACGUGGACUUGUUCCAGCGUGGGUAUUAUCAAGUACGUGCUACUUUGAAGACUUCACCUAAACUACCAGCUAAAAUUGAGGUGACUUUGCCAAAAGCUUCAGAUGAAAGUUACAUACUGCCAUCCUGUGUUGUUAAUGGUACAGCUAUCACCAAGACAUUCCAGAUUCUGUAUCGAAAUGAAGAUGUGGCAAUUAACGACCUUAUUUUGUACCGGCUUCAUACAUUGGUCGAUGCCAACAAGAUAGAGGAAACUCUGGAUAAAGCAGAUAUACAAGUUGUUCUGGAUUUGUGGUUCUCUGAGGAGGAUGGGGGUCCCCAAGGUCUGCAGGACAAGAUGGAGAGUGUCAGCUCCCGUACCCUACAGCUUCACUUCAGCACCACUAAGGGACUUCACCACUAUGUCCCUGUCCUGUUUGACUACUUCCAUCUGUGUGCUGUGGAGGUCAUAGUUCACGGAAGCUUGAUAGCCAUUCAUCAACCCUACAUCAGUGUCCCAAAGCCCCCAAAGUCAGCAUGGACAAACAAACAGAGCCCAGAUCAGCAGUCCACACUAGAAAUGGUGUACUUUGGAAGCAGGACAGUAUCAGGGGACCCCAUUAACAGUUCCACAAUGAAGCUUCACAAUGCAAUGAAUGUACAUCGUCGGCUGUGUAAGAUCUUACUGUCAGCUUAUGAGAGCCUUCAGUCUAUGUUUAACAAUUUCCUGUCCCAGAUGCCAGGGACAGAUUUCUCCCUGGACUGCAAAGAUUGUCAUAAGAGACUGGAGACUGUAGUAAAUAACUUACAGAAUUUUGACAACGAAGAGGACCUUCUCCAGACAGCGACCACUGACAUUACACAGCUCUGUGCCGAGAAUGUGAUUCUGUGGACACAGUUUAUAGAAGUUGUAUCCCUUGACAAAAAUGUUCUCAUCCAACUAGCACAAGAGCAUCACACAGGAAGGGUGAAGAGAAUGGCAGAGGCCUUUUUUACUCACGAGUAUGCCAAACCAGAAUGUUUGUCUUGUUAUGAGCCCAGUUUUCAUGGACAUGCUGAGUUUGCCAAUAUUGUCAAGAGUUCUGGCUGUAUGCAGAGUCUACCUCCCAUGAGAGUAGAGUGUGUGGAAUUGGAUGGUGAUUUCACCACUCUACCAAUCAUAUUUGAGGACAUUUAUUGUGAUCACAUUCAAAUGUCUGCAGAUCCCCCACCGGCGCGAUCGGUCGUGGAACUUUUUCAGGUCCCUUCCACAUCGCACGACUCAGGCGACACCAGUUCGGUGGUCGACCUUGGGGAAGUGCGAUUGGUCGAGAGACAUAAGGGAAAAGAGAAAUCUGCCAAAGCUGGAGACCCCAAACAGAAACAGAAGAAAAAGCUCAUCAAGAGCAUCAGACCAGACGCUUUCAGAAGACCAUCUUCUUACUCAAUGUCAGAGGUGGACGCUGUCACAGAGAAAGAUGCUCAGAAAGACUGUGCUCUGAUUGGCUACAGGAAAAAGGAAACUGGGUCAGAUUCUCCUGGAUCAGUGGUGGAUCAUUCAGUGGAGUUGGGGACUUUGUGUGAUGAGGCCAACAAACAUGAUCAUCUGUCAUCAUCGUUCUCAAUGCCAUCACUGUUUGUUAGAAAUUCCUGGAGUAGAACUAGUAUUACAUCUCUACCAGACUUUGUAGAAUCUCCCUACAGCAGGCGAAGAAAUGUCAAGUCUGCAUUGAUUGCCAAAGAAUUGCAACAGAUUCAGGAUGAUUUGAAGGCUCAUGGGAAGGAAUCUUUAUCAAAAAAUGAUCUCACUUCAUCAGGUUCUGGAGAAUUAAAGCCAGAAGGGAGAGAUUCUGGGAUAAAAAGUGAUCUGACAUUAAGCUCAGGGGUGGGGACUGGUGUACUCAGUGAGGAGCAGAUCAGUGAGAAAUUAGGACUAAAUGAUGUUCAGUGCUCUGUGAAUGACAGUUUACCGGUUGAGGAACAUGAAGACAAGCAGUGGUAUAUAAACAAAGGGGCAAAAAACAACGAUGAUCUCAGUGAUGAUGAGAGACAUGUGGACAAUGGUUACGAUGCAGUGGUUGAUGCACAAAAAGACGUGGAGGAGUCUAGAUCAUCGCAGAAGGUAGUCAUGCGGUCUGGUCAGAAAGUUGUGAAUGGCACAUACAGUCCUACCCCGAGUCUUUCGAAGGAUAGCGGUAUCAUCACUCAGGGAUCUGAUCUGGAAUUCGAAGACCCAGGGUAUGAUGAAAAAUUAACUGUGAUAGAAUUUCUUAAGCAGGAAUAUGGAAGAAUUCCUAAUAUGUCUUCAAUGGGGGCACAUGGUAGCCCGUAUAGGAAUCCCUUGGGUAAGAUGAAGUCAUUAGAGGGUAAAUUGAAGGAGAAAUCAUUAUCUCAACAUCGGGCAGUCAGUGACACUAAUAUCAUAUCCAGCAUAGAUAAGGCAUCAUCAUCUUCAGGUUCAAAUCAAUCCCACGAUUUGGAGUCUGCCAAGAGCAGCCUCAAAACACGAGUAUCAGCUUCAUACUCAUUUCCUGAGCUUUCCAAAUACUCGGAUAAUGAUAGACCCAAGCUAGUCACUCAGAUUGGUCACAGUACUUUAAGCUUUGUAAAGCUUAGAGAACAACUUAAAACAGAGAUGCAAUAUCAUGGACAGCUUUAUAGUGAGUGUCCGACUCUGGCGUCCAUACAUCCAUACUUCCACGUCAAUGAAGAGAGUGUAGACGACGGGGAUGGCGUACAUUUAGUCGUCUGUGUUCAUGGAUUAGAUGGAAACAGUGCUGAUUUAAGAUUAGUUAGGACAUAUAUAGAAAUGGCUUUACCAGGCCAUAGAAUAGAAUUCCUGAUGUCAGAGCGAAAUCAGGACACCUUUGCUGAUUUUGAUUUGAUGACUGACAGACUUGCCAAUGAGAUUAAUAGUUUUAUAGAACUUUACGGGUUUACUCCUACAAGAGUCAGUUUUGUGGGGCAUUCUCUGGGGAAUUUGAUCAUCCGAUCUGUGAUAACUCUGCCAAAGCUCUCUCACCUGAUUCCUAAACUCUACACAUUCCUCUCCCUUUCUGGGCCUCAUCUAGGAACCCUCUACAACAACAGUGGCCUUGUCAACAUGGGAAUGUGGUUCAUGCAGAAGUGGAAGAAAUCUGGGUCGCUGUUACAGCUGUCACUAAAAGAUCACCAGGAUCCCCGUCAGACCUUCCUGUACAAACUCAGUCAGAAACCAGGUUUGGAGAUGUUCCGUCAUGUGCUGUUAGUGGGGUCUUCUCAGGAUCGCUAUGUUCCCUACCACUCAUCCAGGAUUGAGAUGUGCAAGUCAGCUCAGCGAGAUAGCUCAGGCAUGGGUGCAAUAUAUAGCGAAAUGGUAGCCAACAUCUUGACACCAGUGGUCAACAAUGCAAACUGCAAGCUGAUUCGCUAUGAUAUUUUCCAUGCUCUACCAAACACUGCCAACACAAUCAUCGGAAGAGCAGCUCAUAUUGCUGUUCUGGAUUCUGAACUGUUCAUAGAAAAAUUUCUCACAGUAGCGGCCUUAAGAUACUUCAAGUGACAAGCUGUGCUUAGUCAUUUCAUGUUACUAAAAGUUAGUGACCUUUAUUUAUUAUGAAAAAGAAUAUACACUGUAUAUAAAAAAAAGUCCCAAAUCGUGUAUAUUUUUUUGUCUGUGAUAUGACCCAAUGAUGAGUUAUAUGUGCAACAGUGAUUUUAUGUGGAUCUUUCAGCUGAGGUUUUGAUAUAAUAUACAUAAAAAUACGAAAAAUUCUAGUAUUAUUGGAGAUUAAAUGUUUUAUGGGGAUGAUAAUGCAGUGUUUAUUUGGCAAAAGUACAUGUAUGUGAUAUUGUGGGGUUUUGUGUAAUUUUUGUGUGUGUUUUUUGUUUUUUGCAUUAUUGAGGAUGAGAUGUCAAAAACAUGGGUGAACAAGAUGUGGGAAAUGCCUAUAGCUUCAAGUGUAUAAAAAUCAAACUCAAUUUGUGCACUAAGCAUUUUUUAUUGAAAGGCAGGAAAUUUAGACAAACAAAACUUUUCCAUGAAAAAUGUAUGGUUAAAAAAAAAAUACUGCUGUUUUCUUGGGUUUGGAACCAAAUUGAUGAAAAUCCUGAGUAUCAAUUUUUUACUAAGAGAUUGCCAUGUUAACUGCUAGACCAUACAACUUAUAACAGACCUUUGAGUUUCAAAUAUUUCUUGAAAAGAUGUGAUUGUGUGUCAUUAAAAUGCAUUCUUAAUUAAGGUAUAGUGGGUUCUUUCUCCAUGUUUUUGUUAACGAAAAAUGUAUAUUUCUAUGCAUAUUUUGAAGACAUGCUUUCCAAACAAUGGAACAAAGACCCACUCAUAUUGAAGCAGUGUAAUUGUAUGAAGAAAUGAUCAUUAUUACCCUCUUUGACAUGUGUAUGCUAUUUCAUUGACAAAUAACUUCAAUAUUUGUGAGAGUAUAGCAAAUUGUGGAGAAAGUACGGUAUACAUUAAUGUUUACUGGAAUUUGAAAAAAAAAAUUGUUAUGAUUAGGAUCUACUUUUUUCUCUUUCUGUUUGUUGAACCAUGGGCAUUUUUCCCAGCUUGUUCACCCAUCUUCUUAGUAACUAAAAGACUUUGGGCAAUGAUAGGUGGCAAAACUAAUUUUUAAAAUAAUUACAAAAAUAUAUGUUAACUGCAAAAUGUCAUGGUGUAUGCUUGGGAUUGUUAGAUUAAUGUAAUAAUGUAUAUAGUAUACAUUUAAUGUAGUAUAGUAUAUUUGUGAUAUACAAGUGCUUUAGUUCUUGGUUAAAUAACAUUUUGUAUUAAUAUGAAUAUUGUGAUUGUAACAACUAUUGUGCAUGAAAGAAGUUUAUUUUUUUCAUCCAAUGGAUGAAUUAGCUGAACAUGAACUGUUGUUUAAAUUAAAAUCUAUAUUUAUGAACUACUGUUAUAUGCAUAAUCUUAUAUUAAGGAUUGUUACAUAUAUGUAAUUUUUGUCCUGAUUUAGAUUCACCUGUUAUAGAAGAGGCACUAUUUUUUGCAAUAGUAUUGAUGAAACAGAAUAUUGGAGUUCCUUUUUCACUCAAAUAUACCUUUGUGCAAUGUGCCUUGUCUGAGAGUUAUUUUAGUCUGGCCAAUACUGCAGUUGGAUGUCACAAAUAUUCAAUUUGAUAGUAUACACUCUAAAUUAUAUUUUAUCAACAUUUUAGUCAAUGCUAUGAUUAAAGUACAUGUUGCUUAUCAGACUUUGUCAUGGCAUUAUUUAUAUGUUUGGUACAUUCUUUCAGAGUACAGUAGGACCUUUUGUUCAGUCAUAUUUUGGGCAUUUUGUAAGUGAUGUAAAAUUAAACAAAGGUACAUGUACAUAUUUUGAAAUUCAGUCUACAUUCUACCUUUGCUUUCUCUUUGACAGUAAAUUUCUGUGAUACUAUUCAUUUGUGAUCAUUUGUGUAAAUAUUGUUCUGAUUUUUGAGUAUCUGAGAUAACAUUAUUAAUUUCUGUUAAGUAUGUAGUUUACACUUAUUUAUGUCAAGGAAAAACUGCAAUGGAAGGGCAUAAUAUUUGUUGCAAUGUGGUAGAAGCCCCCCCCCCCCCCCCCCCCAUCCGAAUGAGGUAUUUGACACUUUACUAUAAGUUAGAAUCUCCAAACUUAAUGGUUUCACAAUGCACCCUUUAAAUGUUGAUCAUGAAAUGCACAGCUGGCAUCAUUUGCAUCUUCUUAAAUUUGUUUAUUGUUCAUUAACUUAAUUCUUUGAUUUUUCAUAAGUUUUUGUGAUGUGCAGAUAUUUUAUAUAUUAAUUUAAAUGACAUUGUGUAUUUGCUGUCCAUAUCAGAUUUUUUUUAUGUUAUCAACAACAUGUUUGAAUGUUUUUAGAAUAGGAACAUUCCUUGCAUUUAAUGUCUACAUAUCUCCAUGUCUAGUAUUUCCAAAAGCAGUUCAAGUACAUGCAAAAUACUGAUGCUAUGUAAAGUUUUUAAUUAUAAGCCAUCAUGGAACAGAAAACCUUUCUUUAUUGGUAUUUCCAGUGUAGAUUUUAGUUCCUGUGCAAUGUUUUGGUAUAUGCCUUGGUUUCACAGUUUCCUAAAGUGAUAUAUUCAAAGGAGAGAUUCAAGUAGUAUAUUUUGUCAAAGACAUUGAAAAAAAAUGUCACUUUUAGCAUGUUAAAAAAUAUGAUUGUAUCAUAAACAUCUUUAUGAGAAUGAGAAGAAAAAAUGAAAUUCUUUUCGCUGUUGUUUUCAUUUACUUGAAAAUUGAAUGUGAUAUGGUCCGUAAUUUAUGUAUUUACAACAAACUGAAACAAGUUUAAAGUAUGGGUUGUUGUGUGUUAAAAAAAUUAUCAAAUUUCUCAUGAAAUUUCACUUGAGUUUGAAAUGUACAGCUCCUGUAAUCUUUUUUUUUCUGUUUUUGCUAAGACUUAGAGUUUUCUCAUAAUGUUUAUAUAUUGAAAAGAUUUAGAGAUGUUGCUAAACUGCAUUUUAACAGUACCCUUCCUUUUCCCUGGGAAUCUGAAGUUUGAAUUUUUUGCAGAUUUAAAGAUUAUAACUUCUCCAAGACAAAUACAUCUACCUAGGUA